UGCUGAGAGUAGGAAGCGCGAGCGCGGGUCGCCGGGCUGUCAGUGAGCGUGGUGCCAGCCAGCGAGUGUGCGGCUCCGGCUCCGGCUCUCGCUCCGCUCCGGCCCGACUCUCCCGGCUCCCGCCGCCCCUCCUCGCAGCGCCCCCCGCCACCAGCCCGCGCUCCGCGCCCGGGGUCGCUCGCGGCCCCGCUGAUUCGCCCCCGCCCACCCGGCCCUCCCCGGCUGCUGCUCCCCGGCGGAGGCAAGAGGUGGUUGGGGGGGACCAUGGCUGACGUUUUCCCGGCCAACGACUCCACGGCGCCUCAGGACGUGGCCAACCGCUUCGCCCGCAAAGGGGCGCUGAGACAGAAGAACGUGCACGAGGUGAAGGACCACAAAUUCAUCGCCCGCUUCUUCAAGCAGCCCACCUUCUGCAGCCACUGCACCGACUUCAUCUGGGGGUUUGGAAAACAAGGCUUCCAGUGCCAAGUUUGCUGUUUUGUGGUUCACAAGAGGUGCCAUGAAUUUGUCACAUUUUCUUGUCCGGGUGCAGACAAGGGACCUGACACUGAUGACCCCAGGAGCAAGCACAAGUUUAAAAUCCACACCUAUGGCAGCCCCACCUUCUGUGACCACUGCGGGUCGCUGCUGUACGGGCUCAUCCAUCAGGGGAUGAAAUGCGACACCUGCGACAUGAACGUGCACAAGCAGUGCGUCAUAAACGUCCCCAGCCUCUGUGGGAUGGACCACACCGAGAAGAGGGGCCGGAUCUACCUGAAGGCUGAGGUCGCUGACGAAAAGCUCCACGUCACAGUGCAAGAUGCAAAAAAUCUAAUCCCCAUGGAUCCAAAUGGACUUUCAGACCCUUACGUGAAGCUGAAACUUAUUCCUGAUCCCAAGAAUGAGAGCAAACAGAAAACCAAAACUAUCCGCUCCACACUGAACCCCCAGUGGAACGAGUCCUUCACGUUCAAAUUAAAACCUUCAGAUAAAGACCGACGACUGUCCAUAGAAAUCUGGGACUGGGACCGGACCACGAGGAACGACUUCAUGGGGUCCCUCUCCUUCGGCGUUUCAGAGCUGAUGAAGAUGCCGGCCUGUGGGUGGUACAAGCUGCUCAACCAAGAAGAAGGUGAAUACUACAACGUGCCCAUUCCAGAAGGGGACGAUGAAGGAAACAUGGAACUCAGGCAGAAAUUCGAGAAAGCCAAGCUUGGCCCCGCCAAGAAAGUGAUCAGUCCUUCAGAAGACAGGAGAUUUUCCAACAACCUGGACAGAGUGAAACUCACUGACUUCAAUUUCCUCAUGGUGCUGGGGAAGGGAAGUUUUGGGAAGGUGAUGCUGGCUGACAGGAAGGGAACAGAAGAACUCUACGCCAUCAAGAUCCUAAAGAAGGACGUGGUGAUUCAGGACGACGAUGUGGAGUGCACCAUGGUGGAAAAGCGAGUCCUGGCCCUGCUCGACAAGCCCCCGUUCCUGACCCAGCUGCACUCCUGCUUCCAGACAGUGGACCGGCUGUACUUCGUCAUGGAAUACGUCAACGGCGGGGACCUCAUGUACCACAUUCAGCAAGUAGGAAAAUUCAAGGAACCACAGGCAGUAUUCUACGCAGCAGAGAUUUCCAUUGGAUUGUUCUUUCUUCAUAAAAAAGGAAUCAUUUAUAGGGACCUGAAGUUAGACAACGUCAUGCUGGACUCCGAAGGGCACAUCAAGAUUGCUGACUUCGGGAUGUGCAAGGAGCACAUGAUGGAGGGGGUCACGACCAGAACCUUCUGCGGGACCCCAGACUACAUCGCCCCAGAGAUCAUUGCCUACCAGCCGUAUGGGAAGUCUGUGGACUGGUGGGCCUAUGGCGUCCUGCUGUAUGAAAUGCUGGCCGGGCAGCCUCCGUUUGAUGGUGAAGAUGAAGACGAGCUCUUCCAGUCCAUCAUGGAGCACAACGUCUCGUACCCAAAAUCCCUGUCCAAGGAGGCUGUUUCCAUCUGCAAAGGACUGAUGACCAAACAUCCAGGCAAGCGGCUGGGCUGCGGGCCCGAGGGACAGCGGGACGUGCGUGAACACGCCUUCUUCCGGAGGAUCGACUGGGAGAAACUGGAGAACAGGGAGAUCCAGCCGCCCUUCAAGCCCAAAGUGUGCGGCAAAGGGGCGGAAAACUUUGACAAGUUCUUCACGCGAGGGCAACCAGUCUUAACGCCUCCAGAUCAGCUGGUCAUCGCUAACAUAGACCAGUCUGAUUUUGAGGGGUUCUCGUACGUCAACCCCCAGUUCGUGCACCCCAUCUUACAGAGCGCAGUAUGAAACUCGCCACCGAAAGCAAAGGCCUCCCCGCCCCUGCCCGUCCCCCCAGCAGCGGGAAAUGAUCCUUCACCCUCAAAUUUUAGGGCCACGGCCUUAUUUUCUUGUCCCAGACGGAGGCCUGCAAAUCGUAGGGUUGUUAGUCCCAAUGUGACCAGCUGUUCAGGGUCUCUCUCCCCCAACCAAGAGUGUUCUCUGAGUGGAAGACUAUACAAUGUACAGUGUCCGGUUCCAUUACGUAGAAGUCACUCUGGCUGUAGGUUAACUCUGCCUAGGCAGCAAACAGGCUCUUGCCCCUUUUUUGGUACGAUUUGAUAUAUUCCCCAAAUCCUCUGUCUGUCGGCUUUCACCACCAGGAUACCCUUCCCCCUGCCCCCACCCCACCAAAGAUGUGGGCUGGACACAUCCCCACCCCGGCACCUUGGGAAUGAAAGAACAGGGAGCCCCGAGGGCAGAGAGGGAGCAAGGCAGGGCCGGGGGUGGGAGGCUUCUGCACCCCUGCCACUUCUGUCUCUGCCUCCACGGAAACCGUCCCUAGCAUCGAGAGGCCAGGAUGUCAUUUCCAAGCUCACUGUCCCCAGACAUUGCCCGUCAUAGCCCGAUCACGGCCCGGUGGUCACCGGUUUUAAGAAAGAAGAAGAAGAAAACCUCAGUUGGGCGUUCAGUGAGUCUGUCCUCGUGUCCUGCUCGGCUGAAGCCUGUCUUGAUACUUGCAUUUCUUUGUAAGAGGCCAAAUCUUCCAAGGACUUUGCUACCUGAGCGUGCAAAGUCAUUUCAGAUCAAGGAUACAGCAGUGUGUGUGCGCGCGCGUGCGUCCGUUUUAAUCUCUGGGAGAUUAUCCUGCGAUCCAGGGUGCCAUCGGCAAUGCCAGUGCUCACAGUGUUGUUAGCCAACCCCCCAGCCCCCAGCAUUUUGCUUCCUACUUCCUGAGAAGCCGAAGCGAGCGCCCGGCCCCUUUUGUACGUAUUUAUUUAACCGGCUGCAGUGUCGUUUGUGAGGGUACGAUGUACAGUCACCUCAGGCGUUGACUCUAGGACCGGUCCCUACCCACGGAUUCUCCUCCAUUCUCUGGCCCUCCACGUCCCUCCCCAUAGGGAUGAAAAUCAAUGCAGUUUUGGUCCCUGUUUCCAGUCUGUGUCGAGUGACACACCUGGAACUGUAGAAUCAGGAAACUUGGAGACAUAUCAGCUCAAAGAGGUUUUAUUGCAAGAAGAAUUUUAAUAUGUUUUGCAAAUGCAUCAUGCAAUGAAUUUUGCAUGUUUAUAAUAAACCUUAAUAACAAGCGAAUCUAUAUUAUUGAUAUAAUCGUAUCAAGCAUAAAGAAAGUGUUAUAAUAAUUUUAUAAGACACAAUUGUGCUAUAUUUGUGGAGGCUCUUGUUUCUAAUCUGCUUCUAUGGUUACGUCUUGGUUGAGCCCUUUGCUGCCCCCCCGCCCCCACCCCGUGUGUCCCCUGUGCAUUGGCAUCGCAUUGGACAUAUUAAUUUUCUAACAUAGAUCUAAUCUCAGAAAUGAAUGGCUACUUUACUUGAUUAGUUAGGCUUUAUAUAUAUAUACACACAUAUAUAUAUAAAUGUUUGGUUCUACCUGCAAACAAAAAUUUUAGGGGAUUGUCUUUCAGAUGAGACUCUCUUAGCCUCUUAAUGCCGUCUUCUGUUCUGGCUUCUACUCCAUUCUUCCCCUUGGGGACGGCAGGUUUGACUCCAGUGUGACUAGACCAGGCAGACGUGGUGUGAGCCCAGCCUCUGGCAGGACACAGCGGUUCUCUCCCUUUCAGCCUCGUUACUGUGAGUGAUCGGGGCGAGGUGCCCUGGCAGAUAGCACACAGUGUCCCCUGGGAGGCCCGCAUGUCUGUUCCCCGAGUGCAGACGUCGUGAGACAGACCAUUGGCAGCCCCUGGGCACAGCCAUCCCCUGGGGCUCUCGGCAGACUCUUUGCAGAGGUGACCGAGCUUCUCCCACCUGCCGUUGGAACCAGCCCGGGGAGCCUUCUAUGUCAGACACCACCUGCGCCAGGCGCUCGGAGAAGCCAGUCUUCCACAACAGAAAGAACAUUCCAGACGGAAGCUGCGUCCACUCCUCCCAGAGGCCUGCUCUGUUUCUCUCCGUUCCCCAGAAGCAUCUCCCAGCUAAGUGCUCCAGGAUUGACUCCUGCCUGUUUGCCUGAAAUUCAUGGCACACCCUGCCACUGAGGAAGCUGUGACACGAGAGGCUUAUCUGUCCUGGGAACCCCUGAGGGGAGGAAGAGAUGGGUAAGGAGUAAGUCAGACCCGGGGAGAGCGCCUUCUCUGCCGUCCCUGAUGGGCUGUGGGCUCCAGGACCCCCGAGGAGCUCCCGCACAUUCAGAGCUGCAGCCCCCGCCCUGGUCAGUGCACACUUUGGGGACAGGUCCUCACCAGGCGCACCUCAAUUGGAUCUGACAGAAAAGGGACCAGCUUACAGAAAGAGCCUGAGAAACAAAAGAGCCAGUCACCAUGCCCCAGAACAGGGCCACAGCAGGAUGGGUCCCUAGUCCCCCAGCAAAGCACAUAGUUGAGGACCGUUUGUCCCGGGCCCCACGCUGCCCACCUGUUUAAGCCGCAGCAGCUCCGGCUUCCCAGGAAAAAGCCAGCACAUCUCCAGAGCGUUCAUAUCUCCCUAGGAAACAUGCCCAGCAUCUCGGCUGCCUGGUGUUCUUUCCAAAUGUGUGGCAUAGUGUUUGAAGAAAAUUCCCCAUCGGUGGGCCCAGAACUCUGCCCCAGGGACAGCAGGCUCUUGGACAAACAGUAAACACAGGGGCCUGGUGACAUGUCCCCACGACAUAGCCGGUUUGGUUCCAGGCUGUGUCCUGGGCUUAUUGCUGAAAGAGUAAGUCCUGUGGUGACCGUUCACACACCCAUCUGCCAGAGCACGUGUGGAAUUCUGUGGUGUUGGCCCCUGUGCAGGCAUCGUGGGAAUAAAAGCACAGGGAAGGGCCCUGGUGGAGGCUGGAGUGAGGAGGAUGCCUCGCAGGGCCAGGUGGCUGGGGGACUGCAGGCGGUUCCGGCCCCCGGGCAGUGCCCCUGCCACCAGGGCCUGUGGCCAUCCGGGCCCCCAGCAGGGUCUCGCACAAUCUCCAUCUCCGCCGGACUUGUGGCUCUGUGACUCCAAAAGGCCACCCAACUUCCCUGCGUCCUUUCCCCUCGGAAUGCGGCCGCUGCCCAGCGUUGGAGCUUCCCUGUGAGCUGCAGGCCGGCGGGCAUCUCCUCUAGCGCCACUGGGUGUUGGUUUGAACAGAAGGGUCUGGGCCGCCUCCCUCACAGGUUGGCGGCACAUUCACUCACGGCGAGAACGGACUGAGAAGAUGGAUACGACCCCCUAGGCACUGGAAUGAUUGCUUGUCAACACAUCUCAUCCCCUUUCAUCCCCACGGCCUGGCACAAGUCAAUGCAGAGCCACUGUCUGUCUUUUCUCAUGAGGCUUUCUUAUUGGGAACUUUCGUAGAAGAUCAGAGGGUUCAGAGCUCCCUGGAAAUGACUUGAGAUGGUUGGUUGAAAGACUAUGAAAGACCAAGAUGAAUGCAAGCCGACAAAUGACUGCUGAGCACCUCCCUGAGCUACGGCUCUCAGAGGAGUGUGCUAACUUCCGGUGAAUGCAGGUGCAGACCCCUCCUGUCCAUGUGCCGAGAAGCAAGAGGUCUGCAGAGGCCGAGGUGGGUACGGAGCUGAGAGAGGAGCGGGGUUUGCAUGCGUCCAGGAGGAAGCUUGUGGCAGGAGGAAAGCAGGAUGGAGGGGAAGGAGGGGGCAUCCUGGGAAGGACGCUGUUGCUAUUUCCAGGGCUUUCCAUUGGAGGUCAUUGGUGCAGAAGAAAGUCACCGCCUGCUGGCUCUCGAGAAUGAGUUUGUUGCCAGGGACACGGUCUAGUCCUCCUCAGAAAACAUCUCCCAAAUGCCAGCAGCAUCCUCACCAGCUGCUGGAAGCCUCUUCCCCUGUCUCCACCGGAGAGGCCGAGCCGAACCACCCAGC